AUGAUCGUCAUGGACACCAAGAUCGCCCCGAACGUCUUCCACCCAACACAACAGUACACCUCCUCUACGCCAGCAAAGAGCACGAUCAUCACCGAGACCAAUAUGACUUCCACCACGGAAAUCAUCUGCUACAUCCCAUGGCUUUACGCCGUGAUGGUCACUGCCCCGAAGAUCAAGAACAUCGCAGACUCACUCGGCGACAAAAACAAGGACGCCAUGUUUCUGUCCUUCCUCUACAUCACCUUCGCAUCGUUUCACUGUUCAAGAAUUGCAAACAGUACAUCGCCGGCUGCAUUGAGCGCAGCUGCGCGCGACUCGAGCCCCACAACUAUACCAUGA